AAAAUAGCCUCUUCUUAUCCCAAAAUUUCCUCCAUCAUCUUCUACUUCCUCUCAUCUUCCAUGGCGUUGAAAUUCUCUCAGAUUCUCUUUAUUGUUAUUUGGCCCUCUCUCUUCUUCCUCCUCCUCCACCACUUGUACUCCUUCAACCUCCACCGUCUCUACUUUCUAAAUGUGGUGGAGCCGUCGGUUUCGAAGCACCACGAUCACCCUCUCUACACCAUUAAUAGAUUAGUCAGCAGAAAAGCCCUCUCCCACACAUACGACUUCUCACCUUUCCAGCACCGGAAGAACAACCACCAUCAUCCUCGUUCCGGCGAGGCACACGGCGGCGAUGAGAUAAAUCCUCGUUACGGAGUGGAGAAACGCCGUGUUCCCUCCGGACCUAAUCCGUUGCACCAUUAAUUGAUGAAUGACGAUGGCACGUGCUUGGUUUGAGUGGUAACAUAUAAGCCAAAGAUACACCUUAACCUAGCUCUUUUUUUUGUCUGAAAGGGGAAACUUAAAGAUUAGUUUUUCAUUUUCUUAGAUACGAAUACGAUUUACAACUUGGGUUUGAUAUGUUUUUUCUUUAAAUCAUAAUACACAAAGGGUAUUUUAGUUUAGCUUUUAUUUUGAUGAUUAUAUAUGUAAAUAUAUUUACUUACUCAAGAAAUUUACAUCUUUAUUACGUGGUUUGUUUCGUUACUUUAGAAUAUCUUCGACCCCACCUCAUUUUUACUCUAAAAUAGAAUUUUGAAUAAAAAUGUUUUAAUUUUACUUUAUUUUCUAUUUUAUGAUGAAGGGAAAAAAUGGAAUUAUUGUCCAAAUGAAGUAAUGAUUUUAUUUUUUUUUGUUCUUAUUCUAUUUUCAUUUUAAAGUGAAGAAGGUCUAAGAAGGGUUGAAACAAAAUUCAACUCCUAGAUUUAUUAGUGAAAAUAUGUUAUAAACUGAAGAUUCUCUUAUUAUUAUGAUGUUAACUGUGAUAUAUAAUGAUUAUUAUUACUUAAAAUUAAAAUGAACAAAAUGGUCGUUCACUACAAUGAUGGAUUUUUAAAUAAUUUGACUUUGGUAUUAGCCAACCAGUAGCUGCGACGGCACGUCAAAAAUUCACAACUCAAAAGAACUUCUAGAUGCGUUACUGUACCGCAUAUAAAAUUAUUAAUGGUAUAAUAUUAACUAAAACUUAGUGGUAUAAUUAAAACAUAUGUUAAGCAAGUACUAAUUUUUGUUUCACACGAUCGAAAACUGUCGACAGCAUGUUUUUUUUAUUAUGAUUUUCGUUGCUUUAUCUGGCAAAACUUGUUUAUAACAGGGUUGACAAUCUAUUUGGCCAAAAGAAAUAUCGUAUAUCAUCAAAUGCGGAUCAAACUAGGAUUGUAUGCUAAAUUUAUCUGAAAAAAAAUCAAAACUUAUUUCUUCUCGAAAUAAAACUUCGCAACUUUGAAACGCACCAAAUUAAUUUGUGAUUAUUUGCAAACUAAAGAUAAAUCGACUAAAUUAUCUAAUCUAAAACAAACAAAACCAUAAUCCAACUAAGCCCAAAUCAAAAACUAACCCAACGUGCAUAUGGAAACAGAGACAGAGAAAUAAUGUGCUUCGUAACCAAACAACAGUUCCUGAAACAUGAUCCACGCCAGGAAGAAUAGGCGAAGGUUCCGCAAACUUAUGGAAUGUUGGCUAAUCUAGUUUUGGAUUAGCCUCCAACAAGCUGCUUAACUUUAUUAUUAUUAUUUUUUUUUUUUUGAAACUUAGGCUAGCUGCUUAACUUUAUUGAUUUCUUGUUUUUACUUUUUUU